ACGAUGACCAUAAACCAUGUAGGCUUUUAUUGUGAAAAGUACUGUGCUGUUGUUGACCUGGAACUAGUUGGACAGAGCUGUGAACUUCUUUUUCCUCGCCUUCACCUUCAAUCCUGAAUAUGUGUUCCUUCUCAUGGAAGCGUACAUGGGUCUAAGCUCUGUGCGUCACCCCCUUUAAGUGCGACACAUCAUACCAGCUGCAGCCUCAUCAUGAAUACAAAAUCAUGUGCAUUUCUGCUCCAACUGUCCAGGAUGGGGUUCAGUCUUUGUGCAUCCAAAGCCCCUCGCUGCAGUACCGGGGCCUUGAGUUUAACAACAGUGACUUCCACUAGUCUUCCACACAUGUCACCCCACUCGCCUGUACUCUGCAGUCACUCUUACUCCAGCAGCAUCAAGGUGCGCCCCUAUAUUCAGUAUAUUAAACACAAGAUCCUAUCCCCUCCCAGUCCUCCGUACAGUCAUGUGUGCCAGGUUGGGGACCCAGUGCUGCGUUCACAAGCAGCUGCUGUUGACCCUGCAGCUAUAACAGGCGCUGAGAUCCAACAGGUCAUCAAUACUAUGGUGAAAGUGAUGCGGAAACUUGAGUGUGUGGGUCUGAGUGCACCUCAGAUUGGGGUGCCACUCCGCAUCCUGGCCCUGGAAUAUCCCGAGCAGAUGUUGAAAGACAGUUCGCCUGCGUUGAGGGACAGCCUUGGUAUUUCCGUCCAGCCCCUGAGGAUAUUUGUCAACCCCAAGUUGAGGGUCCUUGAUGGACGGACUGUGGUCUUUCAGGAGGCCUGUGAGAGCAUCUCAGGCUUCUCUGCCACAGUUUCACGCUACCUGUCUGUGGAAGUGUCUGGUCUGAAUGCAAAGGGUGAAGCUGUCACGUGGCAGGCCAGCGGCUGGCCAGCUCGUAUCCUCCAGCAUGAGAUGGACCACCUUGAUGGGGUCCUCUACAUCGACCGUAUGGACAGCAAGACCUUCAUUGAUGUUAACUGGCCGUCACACAAUGAAUAGAAGAUCCUCAGGACAGACCACAAACAUGAUUGAUCUUGGUUUCUGGUUCUGGUUGUGAUUAGAGCUCAAUAUCAGGAUCAUUGUAAACUGCUUCAACUAAAAGCAAUCACUGAAAGUGUGUUUGUUAUUGCCAGGAGCUGCAGCAACCAAAAUGCAAGGAUCUUGUAGUAUAUCACUUUAAAGUGCAAGCCAAGAGAUCAAUGUUCUGUGGACCUCAGGUUUGAUGAAUUAAGAGGCCAUUAUGUUCAUGAUGAUGAGUGAUUUGAGGAUAUAUAAGACUUCCUUUUGUCCAACUCUUGUAAAACUGCUGGUUUAACAUGAGAAUUGAAAAUGGAUGAAUCUACAGGAACUUAAUAAAGUUUGGACAGGGGACUCGGACAUGUCUGGUACAUGAGCAGGCAUGUCCCAGACAUGUCCCAGGCAAAAUUUAAGUUGUUCUAACAGCUCAAAGAUUGUUUUUUUAUUUUAGAUUUCCAGAGAUCUGUCUUGAUGCUUAGGACAUUUAAACCACCUGUUACUAUAUAUUGCAAGAGCAAGUAAAGGGAGUAUGACACCUCCACCUCACACUGGUCUGAAAUGCUUCAGUAGUUUGGUCACUUUCACCUGCAUCCAGGCAUUCUUCACAUGUCCACAAGCAGUAUUUGUUUAGUGUGAUUAAAAUGUUAGGUUUUCGUAAAUCCGUUUUUUGCAGUUGUCUGCGAGGUAUAUUCAAUAAACUACAUGUCAAACUCAAUGAAAUUUGAGCAAAUAGCAACAGAUUAGAUUUGGAUAUUAUCCAUCCAAUGCAAAGCAGGCACCUCUGGGACUUUCUAAGAAUUUGUUACUUUACUAUCUGCUCAUAAAUGUCCUGUCACCAAGCUGUAAGAAGCCUUUAUUCCUAGAAAGGUAGAACUUUGGGAAAUAGAUCAUAUGCAUACAUCAUUAUAUUGCUACUUUUCUUUUCUCCUCGCAAUUUAAACUGAAACCUUUAAAAAUAUAUAUUUAUG